CUUCCCUUUGGUUAGAUGGAUAGAAACUUAUUCUCCAAUUUUCCUCUCUUCCAAACAGCUUUGCGAUUUGAUAAUCAAAAAAACCGCUGAUCUCAUCGGAGAUUCUCCUUCUUAUCUCUUCCUCCUCCGGCUGCGUCAUCAGGAUCUUAAGCCAAAAGUGAGAGAAAAAUGGUUGCCAAAACCAAUCAGACGAUUCCGACGACCUUGAUCUUCACCUAUGGUACUCUGAAGCGAGGAUUCUGGAACCAUAUGUUGUUGCAGGACCUGAUGCGGACCGGAGACGCCUCUUUCGUUGGAAGUUACAGGACGAAGGAGAGCUUUCCGCUCGUUUGCGGACCGUACCGAGUGCCGUUUCUGAUAAACUCGCCCGGUUCUGGUUACCGAGUUGAAGGCGAGGUUUAUGCGGUGACGGACAGAGGACUCGCGCGAACCGAUGAACUGGAAGGUUUGAACAACGGCCACUACGUCCGCCUGCCAAUAGACGUUGUGGAUGCGAACGGCGGCGUCGGCGGCGUGGUUGUGGCGGAGGCGUAUUAUGCGCAUCCGAGUUACGCGAUGGAGUUGUGGAGGAAGGAGGGGAAGAAGAAGGACGGCGGCGGAGUGAUUAAUUCGUACUCGGAGAAAGAGGCGAAAGGCUAUGUGAAGCGCAAAGAUAGGCCUCAACAUCUCUCAUUCCUUGAUCAUAUUCGUAUAUUCCUUUCUUCGUCUGAUUAGAGAUUUUCUCCUUUUUUUUUUCUGUCAAAUUUGGGGAUUUUUUUUCCCUUCGUGUGACGAAUUACUGUGUGUAUUGUUGUUUGCGAUUUCGUUUAGUGCUUAAUCUAAUCGUAAUUAGGUUUUUAUGAGAU